CUCUGGCAGCCCACAUCUUCAUGACAAUUGUAGUCCUAACUUUUGGCUCUCCAGCUGCUGCAGAACUACAGUUCCCAUCAUGCUCUUCAGCUGUCAGUUUUACAGCCGCAGGUCGGGGACCACCGGCGGUGCCUGCCCCUUUAAGACCCGGGCGUGUCAGUGACAGGCGCGUGUUCCUUUAAGGCCCGGGGCGGGGCGGGGCUUGGGCUGCGUGACGGGGGCGGGGCCUGUGCGCUGUGUAGAGCGGGUGUCGGUGCGGGGAGCGGAUCACACGGGGCUGGAGCUCGGUCUCCUCCGCACACACCCGGCCAGCGGGCACCACGGGCUGCCGGACACCUGCACAGGGAGUGGCGGGCCCAAUGGACAUUUAAUAGGCAUCUGCUAAACCGCUGGAGAGAGUAUGGUAAAGCACCAACCGCUACAGUACUACGAGCCGCAGUUAUGUUUGUCAUGCCUGACGGGAAUUUACGGUUGCCGAUGGAAACGGUAUCAGCGGUCACAUGACGACACUACCAAGUGGGAGCUUCUAUGGUUUGUGAUCCUCACGUUCACCUUCUUCUUCACACUCACCUGGUUUUACUUUUGGUGGGAAGUUCGCAACGACUACAAUGAGUUCAACUGGUUUUUAUAUAACAGAACAGGACAAUGGAGUGACUGGUCCAUUCCAAUCCUCGUAUCUACUGCUGCUGGGUUCACAUAUAUUACAGCACUCUUGAUAUUGGCACUAUGUCACAUAACGGUGGGACAACAGAUGAAUUUACACUGGCUUCACAAGGCUUUCCUCGCUGUCAUACUCAUCGCCACAGUGAUAGCCAUGACGUCUAUAGAAGAAAUGUGGGACGAAGAAUGGGAAGUCCUAUUAAUUUCCUUCCAGGCAACAGCUCCAUUCUUGCACAUAGGGGCUCUGGCUGCCAUCACUCUGCUCUCCUGGAUCAUUGCCGGCCAGUUCGCAAAAUCCGAAAAAGCCAUUUUUCAGGUGUGUCUAAUCCUGGCCUACUUGGCCGUAGUCCUUGCACUGUAUCUCGUCCCGAUGACCAUCUCCUCACCCUGUAUUAUGGAGAGGGAGUUGCUGGGACCGAAACCUUCAAUCAUUGGCCAUCGAGGUGCACCUAUGCUUGCCCCAGAAAACACUUUAAUGUCUUUUAAAAAGGCGCUGGAGCAGCGGACGCAUGGGCUGCAGGCAGAUGUCACGGUAAGUCUUGACGGAAUACCAUUCAUAAUGCACGAUGACACCCUGAGGAGAACCACGAACAUCGACCACGUCUUCCCAGAGCUCUCAUCUCAGCUGUCCGCCAUGUUCAACUGGACUGACCUCGAGAGGCUGAAUGCUGGAGAGUGGUAUAUAAAGACCGACCCUUUCUGGACCGUCAGCUCCCUUUCCUCAGCGGACAUGACGGAGGCUGCGAAUCAGUCCAUAUGUAAGCUGACUGACCUGCUAGACGUAGCCAAAGAAAACAACGCCUCUGUUCUUCUCAGAAUCCAUCACCUUCCGGCCAACCAUCCCCAGUAUGAGAACUACAUCAAUAUCACAGUGAACACCAUCCUACAGUCCAGAGUACCACAGGAGCGCGUUAUUUGGCUGUACGAUCAUGAGAGGCCUUUUGUACGACAGCUGGCUCCAGAUUUUCAACAAGCCUCAAACCUCAAAAAAGACCCUAAAUUCUUGAAGGACAGGGACAUCACCUUCAUCAACCUGAGGUACACGGACGUCAACCAAGAAGACAUCAGGGAGUAUACAUCUCAGAAUCUGACCCUCAACACCUACACAGUCAAUGAGCCAUGGUUGUUCUCGGUGCUGUGGUGCGCCGGGGUGGAGUCCGUCACCUCCGACGCCUCUCAUAUCCUCAGUAAGGUGCCUUUCCCUGUCUGGUUACUGCCUCCAGAUGAAUACUCGCUCAUAUGGAUCACAUCGGAUAUCAUAUCAUUCACUGUAAUUAUAGGAGUGUUUGUCCUGCAGAACUAUCACAUAAUCAGGUGGCGACUGGGCAGCAUCAGAACAUAUAACCCAGAACAAAUCAUGCUGAGCGCCGCGGUGCGAAGGUCCAGCCGGGAUGUACGGAUCAUGAAGGAAAAACUCAUCUUCUCAGAGAUUAAUAACAGCAUAGACACCCCCGAGGAGCUAUCGCUGUGCUCUGAAAGCCGCUACGAGGGUUUCUCCAAUGACGCCAUAACUCCGAACACAGACUCGAAAACCAGCCGGAGGUUCGAGGAGACCUGACAGAACGAGCCCUGAUACAUUUUUACAGUGAAAUCCUCAGAAGACCCCCUCCUCCUCCUCCAGGUCCACUUCUUUCCCAGACGGGGACAUUUUACGGGACUACUUUAUGCCAGGACAUUGUUUAUUUUUGCAGAUUUUUUUUCCUAGUUUUGUUGUAUAAUCCGGACUGUGAGGUUGUAAAUAUGUAGAAAAUAAUUUGAUUCCCUUUUUUGGCCCUUUUGUGUAUUUUUGUGACUAGGACACAAGCAAGAUCUUGUGUAAAAUGUUUUUGUUUAUUUUAUAAUUUUUUUGUUUCAGUUUAAGCCGAGAGAAUGUUGAACACAGCCUAAUGGAGUCCGCCCCAUUCUUACCAUAAUAUUGGGAUUUUGUGUAUACAGGAAAAGCACAUGAACUUCUCCUAAGGGAGGUGGCCGUUUUGUAGCACUUUUAGCUACGGUCUAUACACAAAAGGGUCUACAGGAUUUCUGUCUGCUGUACAGUACACUGCCUCUCCCGGCUGCACAGACUUGUUAUAGGCCCUGCCCACUCAGGCAGUACAAGUAGAUUGUAGAUAUCAUUCAAUUUAAACAUACAAACACACAAGCAGGGCCAAGAGGGCUAGAACGACUUGUUGUGUGUACUAUGGAGAUUUUUUGGGGAAGAGGGGGGCACUGUUUUGGGAAUCGAAAUGGGCUUGUCGGGAAUAUUGCCUCCUUCCCUAACAUGAUGGCCCCCGAUGUGAAUAACCAGAUUUAGACUGUAGGUUUCUUUCAUAUGACAUUUCACUUAAUUUUAAUGUAAUUUUUCUGGACCUUGAGUUACAUGAUUAUACUACAGUCCCAGCCAGAGCUGCAUUUAAAAUGCUGCUCUGUUCUUUAUGCAGCUUUUGCAGGGACUAAGGUCUUUGCCAAGAAAUAACUUAUCAUUGCAAGACUGGGGAAGCGGAGGGUAGGGGGGUUCGUAAUUUAGGCAUUAUAUGCAAAUUUGUGGUGUUCUUUAAGGGAGUACUUCACUCCCCCAGCAUUCAAAACAUUUGGUUCCGAAUGCUGGGUGCGGGCAUUGUGAUGUCGCGGCCAUGCCCCUUAUGAGGCCACAUCACGCCCCCUCAAUGCAAGUCUAUGGGAGGGGGCAUGACAGUGUUCAGUACAAAAUGUUCCGAACACUGGGGCGGUGGAGUACCCCUUUAAGUUCUAGGCAACAGCUUUAAAGUGUUAGUCCAAAGCUGUUAUCCUGCAUGUUCUGCACAGACAGGUGCAGGGAGACGCAGCUGACGCUGCGCGAUACAUUUGCCUCGCCAACCUUACGCCAUUCUGUUCAUCAGAACAGGGAACGCGUGCAGAACAUGCUGGCCAGUGCAUGGUUGUGCAGAGUGGGCAGAAGAGUAACUUUAGACUUGGACUGCUGCUGGGGGCCCCCGGGAUCUUGGCUGCGACACCCCGCUGUCAUCACUGCACUUAGCAAACUCGCUCUGUGCGUCAUAAAGGGCGAUACAGGGGCCGGAGCAUCGUGACGUUACUGCUCUGUCCCCUCGUGAUGUCACGGUCUGCCACCUUAAUGCAAGUCUAUGGGAGGGAGCGCCCCCUCAUGGACUUGUACUGAGGGGCAGGCCGUGACGUCAAGAUGCUCCGGCCCCUGUAUCGCCGGUUAUGAUGCACAGAGCGAGUUUGCUCAGUGCAGUGAUGACAGCGGGGUGCCACAGCCGAGAUCCUGGGGGUCCUUUGGAUAGGGGAUAAGAUGUCUAGGGGCAGUGUACCCCUUUAAAGGAUGUAGAGUCCUUUCUUACAAACAGAAUACUAGAUCUGCCUGAUGUUACAUGUAGCUUUGUGGUGACUAGGCGUUCCUGUGAAGCUUGCUGUACUUAGGUGUAGAAUGGUUCCUUAGCUCAUUGAUGUCUAUGGAAUAAAUCACAGGGUCCAUCACCUAAAUCCAUAUGUCCGUGUGGAGACCUAUGCAAACGUUUGCUAAUCUCAGCUGUAGGUCUCUACCAGGAAUGUUGGGAGUUGUAGUAGCUGGAGAUCCUUAGGUGUAAGAUGUGUUUUUUUUUUUUUUUUUUUUUUUAACAAAAAAGUGACACCUCUCGAGAAGAUCCCUUUUCAUCUAGACCACUGAGUGUUGUGACCAAUUUUCCUGUCCCUUUAUAAGUAGACCACUCACUUAUCCAACCAAAGACCACUUUUUGGUGAAAACUUUCCAGUUGGGACCCUCUUUUGCUAAGACCACACAUUAAAAUUAUAUGCAACUCUCCGGAUGCAGAUCACCAAACUGGAGCAAUAACAAGAAAUAUCAGGGAAGAGGUGCUGCCCGCAUCGUGCCACGUAAUUGGGGCUGAGAAAGCAGGACGAGAAUUUCCAACACCAGCAAGCGUCUUUGGAUAGGGAGACACAACAGAAGAGCCAUGCUGGAGACCACGACUGAGAUGGGGAAACAUGUUGUGAUGAUGAGCUAUGUAGUCAUCUCGGGAUGGGAUUGGGAGCCAUGCGGUGGACUUGGAAUGACAUAGUGAGACAGGAUACGUACCAGGAGUGAGAGGGGGAGUCAUGCUGUGGACUAAGAACGAUACAGAGAGCCAUCCUGUGGACCAGGAAUAACACAAUGAAACAGGCAACGUGCCAGGAAAGAGAGGAGGAUUCUGCUUAAGACCAGGAAUAAGAUAGUGAAACAGGUUAGGUACCAGGAAUGAGAGGGGGAGUUAUGCAGUGAACUAGGAAUUAGAAAGGGCGUCAUGCUUUGGACUAGGAACUACACAAAGAGCCAUGUUGUAGACAGGAAUGAGUUAGUGAAGCAGGCUGGGAACCAAGAAUGGGAGCGGGAAUCAUGCUUUGGAAUAAGAACUACACGGAGAGCCAUGCUGUGUACUAUAAAUGAGAUAGUGAGACAGGCUAGGUACCAGGAAUGAGAGGGGGAGUCAUGCUGUGGACAAGACAUGUCAAGGAGAGCUUUGCAGUAGACUAGGAGUGAGAAUAGGCUAGGUACCAGGAAUAAUAAGGGGAGUUAUGCUUUGGACUAGGAACGACACGGAGAGCCAUGCUGCGGAGCAGGAACGAGAUAGUGAGGUGCCAGGAAUGAGAGGGGGGGGGGGGGAGUCAUACUGUGGACUAGAAAAGGACACAAAGAGCUAUGGUGUAGACCAGGCAGGCGCGAGGUGCCAGGAAUGAGAGGGGGAGUCAUUCUUUGGACUAGGAAUGAUACAGAGAGCCAAGCUGUAGACCAGGAAUUAAAUUGUGAGAUAGGCUAGGAACCAAGAAUGGGAGCGGGAGUCAUGCUAUGGAAUAAGAACAACACGGAGAGCCAUGCUGUGUACUAGAAAUGAGAUCGUGAGACAGGCUAGGUACCAGGAAUGAGAGGGGGAGUCAUGCUUUGGACUAGGAACAACACAGAGAGCCAUGCUGAAGACCUGGAAUGAAAUCGUGAGAUAGGCUAGGAACCAAGAAUGAGAGGGGGAGUCAUGCUUUGGACUAGGAACGACACGGAGAGCCAUGCUACAGACCAGGAAUGAGAUAGUGAGAUGCCAGGAAUGAAAGGGGGAGUCAUGGUUUGGACUAGAAACAACACAAAGAAGAGCCAUGUUGUGGACCAGGAAUGGGAAAGUGAGGUGGACUAGGUGCCAGGAAUGAGAGGGGGAGCCAUAGUUUGGAAUAAGAACACGAAGAGGCAUGCUGUGUAAUAGAAAUGAGACAGUGAGACAGGCUAGGUACCAGGAAUGAGAGGGGGAGUCAUGCUUUGAACUAGGAACGACACAGAGAUAGACCCGGAAUGAGAUAGUGAGGCAGGAUAGAUACCAGGAACAAGGAGGGGGGCUAUGCUGGGGACUAUGAAUGAGAUGGAGAGCAAUACUGGGAACAAGGAUAAAAAAGGGUGUACCAUGCUGGGGGAAAUCAAUUGGCACAUGAGCCUUGGUCUCUUUCAUCAUUCUUUGUGUGCUGUACAUCCUUUCUGACUCCAUUAGACACUUUAACCAGCAACCUGGAUAGUUUUCUUUUCCUUUGAGAAGACCACCCCAAUAAAAGACCACUUAUUUCUGCACAAAUGUUGGGUGGCCAACUCAAAUAGUCUUCACUGUAUCUUGCCGAUGUAAGAUCAUAAGAGCAGCUCCAGGCUCUUAAGGGGGUCGAGCACUGACUCCGAGCAAUGCCACUUCCAAUAGGUGGCAGCAAAGAGAGGGCUCUUUUUCAUUUGGGAGGGGGAGGAGCCAAAAUUAUGCUCUGGUGCUAUAGAAUAUGUUGCGGUUUGGUGGCUAAGCUUUGCUACUCUAUGGGGUGUGUGAGCCGCUGAUGCAGCCCCAUGAAUUGGGAGCCCCUUUCUUAUGUCACUUUGCCUGUCCUUGCCACGUGACCGUUUUAAAGAAACUCUCCAGACCAAAUUGAUACACUGAGUGAAUUCAUAUAUAAAAACAAAUCGGAUAAAGUCUUAAUCUAUAAGUAUACUCCAUAUCAGUGGUGUCCAAUAUGCGACUCUCCAGCUGUUGCAAAACUACAGCUCCCAGCAUGCCCAGACAGCCAAGGGCUGUCCGGGCAUGCUGGGAGCUGUAGUUUUGCAGCAGCUGGAGAAUCAUAGAUUGGAGACCACUGCCCUAUGUGAAAACAUUGAACAGAGUUAAUUAUUUUACAUUUUUGACUAUCCAUUUGUAGCAUUAACCAUCGCAAUCCACUAGGUGGCAGUAUAGCUUCCAUGACCAAAUAUGUAUAAUCAGGGCUGGUUUACUGUAUAUACAUUUACCCUUUUUUACCCUAAAAAAAAGGAAUAUAUGUGUAAAAUUAGACCCCUGUGAAGAAGCCACCUUUACAUCCAGGGCCAAAACCCUAUGACCCCAAACCGCCGCACCUACCUGCAACCAUCCUUGGAAAACAGUAUUUAUUCCAGUGUCUUCUAUGAUCAGGCUGUGAGAACCUGGAUGUGCUAUUGUAUUUUGUUCAAGAAUAAAUGAAUUUCAUAUGGUU